AUGGCGCAGAAAACAUCCCAGUCGCCCACGCAGACCCUCACCAGAGCGGAAGUGGCCAAGAACAACACCGAGGAGAGCUUAUGGUGCAUCAUCGACCACAAGGUCUAUGACCUGACAGAUUUCCUGGACGCACAUCCCGGAGGCAGCGUAGUGCUGCGCCAGAUCGCGGGACAAGAUGCCACGAUGGCAUUCUACAACCUGCACAGGCAAGAGGUGCUGCAGAAAUACGCCAGCCUAUGCAUCGGCACCAUCGAAGGCGAGAAGCCCGAAGUGAUUCAAAAGGGGCCGGGCGAUCUGAGCCCAGUGCCGUACGCAGAACCACUAUGGUUGACGCCGGUGUUCAAGAGCCCGUAUUACACAGAGUCCCAUCGCAAACUGCAGCGGGCGGUGCGCGAGUUUGUCGAUCGAGACGUCUACCCUGAAGCGCAGCAGAAGGAGCAGGACGGAACGUAUAUCUCGCAAGAGCUGGUUGACAAGAUGGCCGCGAACAACUUGCUCGCCAUGAGGCUGGGGCCGGGCAAGCAUCUCACGGGCCGGACGCUGCUGGGCGGGGUCAAGAGCGAAGAGUUCGACUAUUUCCACGACAUGAUCGUGGCGCAGGAACUCUCGAGAGCCGUAGCUCGUGGAUUCCAGGACGGCAAUAUGGCGGGGAUGAUGAUCUCGCUGACGGCGGUGCGGCAGUGGGCCAACGACAGCGCGCUGCGCGACCGAGUCACGGACGAGUGCCUGUCCGGCAAGAAGUUCAUGUGCCUGGCCGUGACCGAGGCCUUUGCCGGGUCCGACGUCGCAGGGAUCCGGACGACGGCGCACAAGACGCCAGACGGGAAGCACUACCUGAUCAACGGGACGAAGAAAUGGAUCACCAACGGCAUGUUCGCCGACUAUUUCGUCACGGGCUGCCGGACCGCGAACGGGUUCAGCGUGAUCCUGGUCCCGCGCGACGACAACGUCACGACCAAGAAGAUCAAGACGUCGUAUUCGACCGCCGCGGCCACGGCGUUCAUCGAAUUCGACAACGUCAAAGUCCCCGUCAACCAUCUCCUCGGAAAGGAAGACCAGGGCUUCAUCGUCAUCAUGAGCAACUUCAACCACGAGCGCUGGUCCAUGGCGUGCUCCGUGGUCCGAUGGAUGCGCACCGUCGUCGAAGAGUGUCUGAAGUGGGCGCACCAACGCAUCGUGUUCGGCAAGCCACUGAUCCAGCAGCCCGCCAUUCGCCAGAAAUUGGCAAAGAUGAUUUCGCUCACCGAGGCGUGUCAGUCCUGGCUCGAAUCUAUCACCUUCCAGAUGUGUAGUAUGGACUAUGCCCAGCAGUCCAAACUCCUGGGUGGGCCGAUCGGACUGUUGAAGUCGUAUGUGACCCGCUGUGCCCACGAUGUUGCAGACGACGCGGUCAAUAUCUUCGGCGGCCGAGGCUUGACUCAGUCCGGCAUGGGCAGGGUCGUCGAGAUGUUCCAUCGCACUUACAAGUUCGAUGCCAUCCUCGGCGGCGCCGAAGAGGUCCUCGCUGAUCUCGGUGUUCGCCAGGCCAUGAAGCAGAUGCCGAAGGCCAUGCUUUGA